AUGCCGGAGUCAGCCAAGAGCAAGGCCUACAAGAUUCGCAUGCAGCUCGAGAGCAACAAGACUCGCAGGGGCCAUAUUCUCGGCGUGAAGAAGCGCGCUGAGCUUGAAAGGCAGCAGGAGCUGAUGAAGCACCAGACUGCCGAGACCGAUCGCAGCAUCCAGGCUACCCGUUCGGAUGGUCAGGAAACGCGAGAUUUGAUCGCAUCUACGGAGGCCAGAUUGCUGGAUGCCAUCCAGAAGAAGGAUCGCAAGCGAGCGCCGAAGAAUAAGGCGAUGGGCGACGGCGAGGAGACUGCCGAGGGCGAUCACAAGAACGAAGCCGCAAAGGGCAAGCGCGAGAAGCCCAAACAGACGGAGGAGCAGAAGGCGGAGAAGCUGGAGCGCCAGAGGAUGCGCAAGGAGGACUUGGAGGCGAAGGCGGCUAAGAAGGUCGCGGAUAAGGAGACUCGCGAGGCUAAGAAAGCCGCGGAGAAGAAGAGGCGAGCGGCCAAGAAAGCCGCGGUGGAGGAGCUUCGCGAGAAGAAGGCCAAAAAGAAGGCUGAGCUGGACGACGUGAAUGCCGAGCUGAAGGCCGCGAAGGGCUCGAACAAGAAAAAGUGCGGUGCUGGCGCGGAGGGCGAGACGACGGAGGCGGCGCGGCAGGCGGCCUCCUCGAGCCUGUUCGGUCGGAUGAGUCAGCUAUUCGGUGGUCAACGUGGUGAGGCUAACAUUUGA